AUGUCUCAUGUAUCUAUAAUUACCGGUGCCUCAAGAGGUAUUGGCAAAGCAAUUGCAGAAGUACUUUUGAAAGAUCCUAAUACAAAAGUUAUUGCUGUGGCAAGAACAGAAGCACCACUAAAAGUACUUGCAAACACUUAUGGCUCAGAUAGAGUCGGGUUUGUUGCUGGUGAUAUUACAGACCCAGAAACUUCCAAAAAAGCGGUUGAGUUGGCAGUUUCUAAAUUUGGACAAUUGAACUCGAUAAUUGCAAACGCUGGUGUUUUGGAACCUGUUGGUCCUAUUGAAUCAACCUCUGUUGAUGAAUGGAAAAGGUUGUAUGAUAUCAAUUUGUUUGCUGUUGUUGAAUUAAUUAAGCUCAGUUUGCCGCAUUUGAAGAAAGUUAAUGGUAAGGUUGUUGCUGUUUCUUCUGGAGCAGCCACAAAAGCUUACAGUGGAUGGUACGCAUAUGGUUCAUCUAAGGCAGCUUUAAACCAUUUAAUUUUGUCCUUGGCUAGUGAUGAGAAAGAUAUUCAAGCUAUUUCCAUUGCUCCAGGUGUAGUGAACACUGAGAUGCAAACUGAUAUUAGAGAGAAAUUUGGGAAGAAUAUGACACCAGAAGGUUUGCAAAGGUUUAUUGAAUUACACGAAAAUAAACAAUUGGCUCCACCUGAAGAGCCAGGAACCGUAUAUGCAAAAUUGGCCUUGCAAGGAUGGCCAGAGGAUUUGAAUGGUAAAUUUUUAAGAUACAAUGACGAGAUCCUUAAGGCUUAUCAAUUAUAA